UACAUUUAUCUUUGAAAAAGCGUUCAUAUAUCGUCAAUGUAAAUUGCAAGAUAGAUGCAUCGGAGUGUCGAGAUGAUAUAUUUUGGGAAAACAAUGCUAUUACUAUGUUUGAUGCACAUAACAAGUGCCACCAAAUUGAGGUACACAUACAAAGGAUUGAAACAAAAUAGAACUUUUCCGCCUGAAUUUUUAUUUGGCGUAGCAACAUCAGCAUUUCAAAUUGAAGGAGGAUGGAGCCAAGGAGUUGGUCGAUGUGGGACUACCAUAUAAAGACUGAUCCUCAAUAUAUUUCCGACGGUUUCAAGUAUGAAGUUGCUGCGGAUUCAUAUAACCAAUAUAAAAGAGACGUCCGCCUACUAAAGGAGCUGGGUGUGAAUGUAUACAGAUUUUCCAUAUCAUGGCCCAGAAUACUACCUCUCGGCACACCGGAUUAUGUUAACCCUGAAGGAAUAUCAUAUUACAAUAACCUUAUCGAUGAACUUCUCGAUAAUGGUAUAACACCAAUGAUAACUAUUUACCACUGGGAUCUGCCUCUUCGCCUAGCCGAACUUGGUGGCUGGUUGAACGAAGAUAUUGCAAAUUGGUUAGGAGAUUAUGCCAGAGUAGCUUAUCAAAAUUUCGGAGACAGAGUAAAGACCUGGCUAACAAUAAAUGAGCCAUUUAUUCACUGUAGCCUUGGCUAUGCAUCUGGCAAACACGCGCCCAGAAUUGUUUCUCCUGGUGAAGGCUUCUACGAAUGCGGUCGCAAUGUGCUUCUCGCUCAUGCAAGAAUGUACCACAUUUAUUACGAUGAGUUCAAAUCGCAAGGCGGCAAAGUCAGUCUGAUCUUCAGCAGCGAUAUGGCCUUCCCUCUCACAGAUUCUCGUGACGAUGCGGAAGCAGUUGAAGAUUAUUUUGCCUUUACGCUUGGCCAGUAUGCGCAUCCAAUCUUCUCACCACAAGGCAACUAUCCUCAGCGACUCAUAUAUAGGGUUGGCAAUGCUAGUUCGGCUCAAGGUUAUAAACACUCCCACCUUAAACCCUUCACACCUGAACAGAUAAACUAUAUCAGAGGAACUGCAGAUUUUUUCGCCCUGAAUAGUUACUCCAGUUAUUAUAUAUACAGAAAUGAUUCGUUGAAAGAACUCUUUGCAACGCCUUCAUAUGAAGAUGAUCUAUACAUCGGUACCUACACUGAGCCCCAGUGGACGAUAGAAACUAGUCCGUGGAUGUAUGUAAGUAAAUGA